AUGCUACUUUUCAAAACAAUAUUCACGGCGGUACUGAUUGCCCUCGUGCAAGCUCAAGCGAACUAUCCAUUUUACCCAUCUUACCCGGCACCGGGGUGGAAUCGUCCAAUGGGCCCACCACAACAAUUUCAGCAAUUCCAACCACCCGGCCGACCUUUUCGAAGAGAUCACCGUAUUCAAAGAGUAAUGAUCUACCCGGACCCAAAUCUUUCUAUGCGCUAUGCCUACCCUGGACGUCGAUUUUCGGCACCGUUUAAGUAG